GCCAGACCACUUCAGCAGACAAAGCUCCAGAGAACAAAGGAAGCCAAAAACCUCAUCCCUCAAACUGUAUUGCGUUAUGAUAAACUCAUGUCUCCACCUCGCUCAGAUCCAGCAUUGGGUAGUAGUCGUCCACCUCCCCGUUUGGGGACCGCAAAGCGUCCUGCCUCUUUAGACCCUGGAGCCGGGGGAUCUGCAACAUCUGAUAAUCCUGUACGGAGUUCAUGUAGUGCAAGAUGGAUCGCGGAUGCAUCAAGCUACGCCGCGCGGAAUACUCCGUAUGCGGUUUGCAAUUCAAUCUUCAAUUGCUGUCGUCAUUUCCUACCUCUUGCAGCUGUUUGUAACAUGGGCAACAUGGAUGGAAAAGUAACAAGAGAGGUUGGUGGCUAAACAUCCCCGCAGGUCGCCUGUGACCCAGCAUCCCAGGACCCCAGGGCCCUGUCACUGCCUGAUCAAGCCCACGAGUGCUGCGAGAUUACGACGCCAGCCUAUCUCGUCAAUCUCGGCCGACAAGAGUCGUCUUUUUCACCCAGCCCCCAAGAUUAUUUACGACCUGAGGGAGGGUGUGCUGGCACAGCCAGGUUGAGCAUGACCAAACUUGAAUCGAAGAAAAGCUACUCCGUAUGCAGUAGUCCGACAAACAAAGUAUGUACCGACGUGGGUGAGGAGAAAGUCACAUCGCGCCAGGUAACGUGGACCGUGUGAUUCCAGGCAGUGCCGAGGCCGGGGCCACGCUCAGCCAAGUAUCCGUAGCAUGGGGAUCAAUCAGAUCUGGCAUUGUGCAU